UUCCCUCUCCGGGCAUCCUCCCUGGGCUGCCGGGAGGCGGCGGCGGAGGAGGAGGAGGAGAAGGAAAGGGGGGAGAAGGCGGAGAGCAGGAACGCGAGGAGGUGGACCUGGAUCCGUUUCUCCCGGCCAGGACCCGAGCGGCCCCAGCUACCGCUACCCGCCGGCGCCGUCCGCUAUCCAUCAACCCUCCUGCGCCCACUCGCUACCCCAGGCUCUCUGCGCGUCGGGCCGGGGCCGGAGCCGCGCGGCCAGAGACGGCCUGGCCUCCUGGUGAUGCGCACGUAGCACUAAGUGUUGGUGGCCAUCGGGGACUUUGCAUCCUGGGGACGAAUCCCGAGCUUGCCAGAGACGGACGGCAAAAGCAGGUCCGGCCUCUGUUUCCCCGUGAGGAGCAGCCGCGGCCCACCGAGAUGUCCAGGCACCACAGCCGCUUCGAAAGAGAUUACCGGGUGGGCUGGGACCGCCGCGAGUGGAGUGCCAACGGGACGCAUGGGACCACCAGCAUCUGCAGUGCCACCGCCGGGGCCGGUGGCAGCACAGCCAGCAGCCUCAGCGCCCGGCCAGGCCUCCUGCCACUGCCCGUGGUACCCUCCCGGCUGCCCACGCCUGCCACGGCCCCCGCGCCCUGCACCACUGGCAGCGGCGAGGCCAUCACCAGCCUCGUGGCCAGCUCUGCCUCUGCGGUCACCACCAAGGCCCCCGGCAUCUCCAAAGCAGACAAUCAGUCCCAGGGACUCACGACCAGCAUCCGGUGGGGACAGACGCCCAUCAAUCAGUCCACGCCUUGGGACACCGACGAGCCACCCUCCAAGCAGAUGAGGGAGAGCGACAAUCCAGGCACAGGGCCAUGGGGGACCACCGUGGCCGCCGGGAGCCAGCCUGCCCUGAUCGCACACUCCUAUGGAGUGGCCCAGCCGCCCACCUUCAGCCCGGCUGUCAACGUCCAGGCCCCGGUCAUUGGGGUGACCCCCUCACUGCCUCCCCACGUGGGGCCCCAGCUCCCGCUGAUGCCAGGCCACUACUCGCUCCCACAGCCGCCCUCUCAGCCACUGAGCAGCGUGGUGGUCAACAUGCCUGCCCAGGCCCUGUAUGCCAGCCCGCAGCCCCUGGCUGUCUCCACACUGCCCGGUGUAGGGCAGGUGGCCCGCCCCGGACCCACCGCCGUGGGCAACGGCCACAUGGCAGGGCCCCUGCUGCCUCCACCACCGCCGGCCCAGCCGUCUGCCACCCUCCCCAGCGGUGCCCCGGCCACCAACGGGCCCCCCACGUCAGACUCGGCCCAUGGGCUGCAGAUGCUACGGACCAUUGGCGUGGGGAAGUAUGAGUUCACCGACCCCGGGCACCCCAAGGAAAUGUUGAAGGAAUUGAACCAGCAGCGCAGAGCGAAAGCGUUUACAGACCUGAAAAUUGUUGUUGAAGGCAGAGAGUUUGAAGUCCACCAAAAUGUUCUAGCUUCCUGCAGCUUGUAUUUCAAGGACCUGAUUCAAAGGUCGGUGCAAGACGGCAGCCAGUGUGGCCGGGAGAAGCUGGAGCUCGUCCUGUCCAACCUGCAGGCCGACGUCCUCGAGCUGCUGCUGGAGUUUGUCUACACGGGCUCACUGGUCAUCGACUCGGCCAACGCCAAGACUCUGCUGGAGGCGGCCAGCAAGUUCCAGUUCCACACCUUCUGCAAAGUCUGCGUGUCCUUUCUCGAGAAGCAGCUGACGGCCAGCAACUGCCUGGGGGUGCUGGCCAUGGCCGAGGCCAUGCAGUGCAGCGAGCUCUACCACAUGGCCAAGGCCUUCGCACUGCAGAUCUUCCCCGAGGUGGCGGCCCAGGAGGAGAUCCUCAGCAUCUCCAAGGAUGACUUCAUCGCCUACAUCUCCAACGACAGCCUCAACACCAAGGCCGAGGAGCUAGUGUACGAGACCGUCAUCAAGUGGAUCAAGAAGGAUCCUGGGUCCCGUGCACAGUAUGCGGCGGAGCUCCUGGCCGUGGUCCGCCUCCCUUUCAUCCACCCCAGCUACCUGCUCAACGUGGUUGACAACGAGGAGCUGAUCAAGUCGUCGGAAGCGUGUCGGGACCUGGUCAAUGAGGCCAAACGCUACCACAUGCUGCCCCACGCCCGCCAGGAGAUGCAGACGCCCCGAACGAGGCCACGCCUCUCAGCAGGUGUGGCCGAGGUCAUCGUCUUGGUUGGGGGCCGUCAGAUGGUGGGGAUGACCCAGCGCUCGCUGGUGGCCGUCACCUGCUGGAACCCGCAGAACAACAAGUGGUACCCCCUCGCCUCCCUGCCUUUCUACGACCGCGAGUUCUUCAGCGUAGUGAGUGCCGGCGACAACAUCUACCUCUCAGGUGGGAUGGAAUCAGGGGUGACGCUGGCUGAUGUCUGGUGCUACAUGUCCCUGCUCGAUAACUGGAACCUCGUCUCCAGAAUGACGGUCCCCCGCUGUCGGCACAAUAGCCUUGUCUACGAUGGGAAGAUUUACACCCUCGGGGGACUGGGCGUGGCGGGCAACGUGGACCACGUGGAGAGGUACGACACCAUCACCAACCAGUGGGAGGCGGUGGCCCCUCUGCCCAAGGCAGUGCACUCCGCUGCAGCCACGGUGUGUGGCGGCAAGAUCUACGUGUUCGGGGGCGUGAAUGAGGCAGGCCGGGCCGCAGGCGUCCUCCAGUCUUACGUGCCACAGACCAACACCUGGAGCUUCAUCGAGUCCCCGAUGAUUGACAACAAGUACGCUCCCGCCGUCACCCUCAACGGCUUCGUUUUCAUCCUGGGCGGGGCUUAUGCCAGAGCCACCACCAUCUACGACCCUGACAAAGGGAACAUUAAGGCAGGCCCCAACAUGAACCACUCUCGCCAGUUCUGCAGCGCUGUGGUGCUGGACGGCAAGAUCUACGCCACCGGAGGCAUUGUGAGCAGCGAGGGGCCCGCCCUGGGCAACAUGGAAGCCUACGAGCCUGCCACCAACACGUGGACCCUCCUCCCCCACAUGCCCUGCCCCGUGUUCAGACACGGCUGCGUGGUGAUAAAGAAAUACAUUCAAAGCGGCUGACGGCGGCAGGAAGCCCACGAUGAGACUGUGGACCCGUCUGGUGAGGCAAAUGCUGCUCACAGAGAUCAACUUUCAGCAGCACCGACCGACGAGGGGCUGACCGACACCGUCGAGGAACUCACUGCGCUAAACAUUUUGAAUCCACUCUCCCCUGAAUGUAGGAGAAUCAUCCUCGCCUUUGGGGGAAGUGAGGGAGACGCCUCCAAGCAGCGGGAACCAGGACCAUCCCAGCAAGCCGGAGAGCCAGGCAGGCCGGCUGGGCCUGGGGCUCCUGCAGAGGCACUUGCUCUGAGUGGAGGCGCUCACUCUGCCCAGUGCAAUAGAGUUUCACAUAUUUUUCAACUGGGAGAGAGAAGCUGUUUUUUUCCUUCCUGCAGAGCAAGCUUGAUCCCCAGCCAACCAUAGAUCAGUUAUCCUAUGACAAUAUUAGGCAUCAGGCUCUCUUGGAAUAAGAUCAAAGUGUCCUUAUCACUUUGAUUCCUACUUUUGUUUUUAACCAACCUACAAUUUCAAUGGCCGAGGGAAAACAGGGGACAAUACUACGGGGCACAGGGCCUGGGAGGCUGCUGGUCCCCACUGGGUCAAAGACAAGUCCAGCCACCGUGUGGAGCCAGAAGUGACUGGAGCAGCGGUGCGGGGACGAGGUGGGGGGCGGCCGUGGG